GCCACGCCGCCACCCCUGACGCGCCCGCACGAGUCCGAGCCGAAGCUGGUCAAGACUCCCGACGCGCACAUCUCGAACGGGGCCUCCAAGGAGGGCAUCCCCGACUACGAGGACUCGCAGCACAGCGCACACAAUUACUUAUUAUUUGCGCGAGUUCUCAAAACAAUACAAUUCAGUCCAUUGGAGACCACCUUCCUGAUGGAGGCAAUCACUUUCCCCAUUUUCCCCCUCGUGGACAGAGCAGGGGCCAAGGUUACGACUCUUGGAAGAGUACGAGAGUUACUUCUCCAAAAUCGUCAUCUCCACAGCGAAGAGACCAGGGCGUCGGCCAGCGAGGACAACAAAGGUGGCGACGAGGACGAAGAGGCCGAGCGGCUGGUGCCUAUCGACCGGCUGCGCGAGCUGCUGGACCCGGCCGUGCUGACAGGCUCGGUGUACCCGUCUCACGUGCGCGAACUGCGCCUGCUCAGCGAAGAGGCGCACCGCUGGCUGUCGCGACGCACCAUCGGGGGACCACUGGGCCUGGACCUUGGCUGCGGAACCAUGGUGCAGUUCCCGCUGCUGCUCGCCAACGGAUACGUCGACACCCUGGUGGUCGCCCACUUCCUGGACCAGACGCGCUCCUUGCUCCAGACUUGGCUGCGGGACGACCGCGACAACGCGCUCAACCUGAACGGCAUGCUCGGCGCCACCGCGCAGCUCACCGGCAAGAAGCCCGCUCAGCUCAAGGAACAGCUUCGUGGCCGCGUGUCGGACGUGGUGUCAUGCGAUCUGUUCAACCGCGAGAAGGGCAAGUUCCUGCCUGAGAAGCAUGACCGUGAAGGCGUCUACGACGUUGUCGUCACCUCCAUGCUGCUCGAGGCCGUCAUCCAGGACCUGGACACCUACGCCAGGGUCAUCAAGAGGGUCCACGGCCUGCUGCGUCGGCAGGGCCACCUGAUGAUGAGCGGUGUGCUGGGCAUGACCUACUGGGACAUGAAGGCGGGCAAGUUCAACUGCGUCACCCUCACCAAGGAGAACGUGGAGAAGGUGAUGCGCGACGCCGGCUUCAUGGACUUCGAGUGGACCAUCGUGGACCGCGAGUACUUCCACUCGGUCAGCGACUACACAAAGUCCUUCCUGGUGCUCGCCCGCAAGCCCUAGACCUCCCACCCAGGACCACAAUAAAUCGCUC